AUGAUUACCGAGCAUUUUACAUCUGCCAUUCAUCCCUCCAGCCUCCCUGAUGAUACCGAGGCUCGUUUGCAUUCCAUGAUGAUAGAUGAUGAGCUACAGACUUUCCAGUUGUCAAUCGGGAGUAAAGGUGUCUACGCCCAUUGGGUAACAAAGUAUGCUGUUCGCAGUGCUCAAUGGGUCAAGGCAGGUAUUGUGGCUCUGGAUAUAUUUGUUCUGGCCCACCCUGAGAUAGCGAGAUUGCCAGGAGUAUUACUCUCUGUUUUGCACCUUAUAUCGUCCAUUGAGAUUCGUCACUUCGCAUUGAAGUUAUACGUUCACCUUGACCAUGAGGGUAUGAUGAUCACGCCCCGUUUGAUCAUAUCAUUUGCUGAAUCCUUGGUUUUGAAAACGGCUUCGUCAAUUAGGGACCAACCUUGCACCAUCUCAGAAGGCGAUAAAUUUUCUGGCGGUUGUAACAUCGUCAAUCGCAUCAUCUUCGAGGACGGCACAGUCUGGGCUCUUCGUGUUCCAUAUGACGAGACGCCCUCGCCCAUUGAAGCUACAGUGACCACGAUGCGCUAUGUGCACAGCAUUAUACCCAGUAUACCUGUUGCCACCGUACAUGCUUGGUCGGAUAGCAAGGAUGGUGAUGGCAUAGGGACACCCUAUAUACUGCUGGAUUGGAUUGAUGGCAGGACGUUGGAAUGGAAUGCAAGGUUCCCACCACCAGCUGCGAGAGGAAAAGUCCUGGCUCAGCUGGCGCAAUACACCGCAGACUUGCUGGCGCGCACUCUCAUGCAUGCCAACGCUCAGUCAACACUGAGAUGGAUACUCAGGAGAAUCGACCCCCGCCUCACACGCAUCUUCACUGGUGAUCUCUCUGCAUUCGACCCCAUCGAUUGCCUGAUCUUUCGUGCCAUGGCCGAAGAAAAGUAUUUUGUCCCGUCCUUGGACACCUUCCCAUUUCCACUGAUGCACACUGACCUUAACCAAAUGAAUGUCCUUGUUGACGACGAUUUCAACAUCACUGGAAUCUUAGAUUGGGAUGAAUGGGCUUGUCGAUUACCCUUGCAAUGCGCCGUGAUGUGCCCAGCAAUGAUCGCUGUUGGCAACGAUCCCCUGCAUGACGAAAUUUUCCGCGAGGACCGUCUGGUAUUCACCGAGCAUUUUACGUCUGCCAUUCAUCCCUCCGGCCUCUCUGAUGAUAUCAAGGCUCGUUUGCCUUCCCUGAUGAUAGAUGAUGAACUACAGACUUUUCAGCUGUCAAUCGGAAGUAAAGGUGUCUACGCCCAUUGGGUAACAAAGUAUGCUGUUCGCAGUGUUCAUUGGGUCAAUGCAGCUAUUGUGGCUCUGGAUUUAUUUGUUCUGGCUCACCCUGAGAUGGCGAGUUUGUCGGGAGUACUCUCUGCACGUGUUCGUUUAUUGGAGAUGCAGGCAGAUGAGUGUAGACUUUAG